AUUACUGCCCCCUACUAACCCUUUUGUUCUAUCCUCUGAAUUAUCAUCACAUGGAUUACUUUUAGGCCUACCUGCCCCUGAUCCUUUUUUAACAAUACCCUUUAUCCCAUUGUUGCCUUCCGCUCACUUUAACCCAUUACCCUUUGAGGCAACCUCAUUUUCCUCUACCUCUCACCCUGGCUCACUUGCUCUGCACACUGCCUUAUCCCCAUCUCCCUCGGACACUGCCUCAUCAUUCCAAGUCAAUUAUAAACCAUUAACACACCCGUCUACACUCCCAUUCCAGUUAUCUCCCUUUUCAUCGUUAGGUCCUGACCCAUUGUCACCAACCCCAUCACUGGCCGACCUCACUAACUUUUUCUCCAUCGCCGAAGAGCUUGAGAUAACUGAAGACUUUCCCAACAGUGAGGCACCUCCUGUCCCAAGUACCCCUAGCAUACCAGUUAGUUCUACUUUAGCGAUUGGUUCUAGUCAGCCAACCCAGAGAAAUAAACCCUGGAGAUCUAGGAAAGGAGUGAAAUCUGCCAAGGGUGAUUCACUCCCAGUGAUUGAUGGAUCCACAGAUGUCGCCAUGCAGCCCAACCUGGAGGAAGAGGAGCAGCUGUUCGUCUCUUUCACCUCCAAGGAAGGACUUGAAGUCCACCUGGGAGAGCCUGCACUUUGUGAGAUGACGACUGCGCAACCUCAGAAACCCCCAGAGGCGACAGAGAAUGUUAGAGGACUAGAAACCACAGAGGAAAGAAUAGUCGCUUUCGAGAAGUUUCUUUUGGGUGACCUAAAGGUUAUGAGGCAUCGGCAGGUCAUUCAUCCUCUGUUGCAAGAAGUUGGACUGAAGAUGAGUUUACUGGAUCCCACUCUGGUCAUUGACCUGCAGUACCUAGGGGUUCGUCUACCUCUACCCUUUUUAUGUCCAGAACCAAACUCUCCAGGGUUGGCAUCUUCUCCAAGUGGUUCAGUCCCCUUUGUUUCCAGGACAGGCAAGACCACAGACUUCACCCAAAUCAAAGGCUGGAGAGAUAAGUUUGUCCCCUCGGACUUGCCAUCAUCCUCCAAGCCUGAAGUUUGCCCAAGUUCAGAUGUGGUCCCAAAGAACUUGUCGGCCUUCUGCAGUGACAUGUUGGAUGAGUCCUGGCUAAGAAGUAAACUCAUUGACGAGCGGGCUGCCAGUUUCACCCAGACCACCGUCGUCACCCCUGUGGUCUACCAGCUGCCCACCAAGAGCACCAGCUACGUCCGAACCCUAGACAGUGUGCUGAAGAAACAGGCACCGGCACUUUCUUCCACCUUUGUCCCCCCAUCCAAAAAACCCAGACUGCCCCUCACAUCCAAAGGACUUAAAAAAUCUGAGAAAAGGCCAGAGGUAGAAGAGCCACCUCCCGCUGACCUGGCUCCUGUGGAAGAGGAUGACUCGGACCCAGAGCCACAGCCUGCUGCCGAGACCAAGGUUGUGGUUCCUGGGCUGACCAAGGCCCUGCUCCGACAGAGGGAUUUGGAGGACAGGGUUGUCUGGGAGGGCAAGCAUCGGACCUGCAUCACAGACAAGAGGGCGCCGGUCGCCCUCACCUCCCUCUUCACCUCAACGGGCUUUGUUUGUGAGAACUCUACAGCUCCUAUUAGGAUCAUAAAGCGCAGGGCUCCACCCUGCCUCAAUGCGUUCUGUCGAUUGGGCUGUGUAUGUGCCAGCCUGGCACAGGACCGUCGUAUUACCCACUGUGGAAAGAUUGAGUGCAUCUUUGGCUGCAGCUGCCUCAGGCAGAAGGUGGUCGUCCUCAAGAACUUAAAAGGACCAGAUUCCAAUGCGUCAGAGGAGGGCCUGUGGAAGCGGGGGAGAAAGUGGAAGAGGAUGAGGAUGGCAUAUACUCUCAGGGAGGCUGAGCCGGUAUCAGAACCUGCUCCGCGUGUGAGAAUGUUGUGGAAGCAGAUGGAUGGAGAGACGGACCCGGAGCCCCUCCGCGCCCCAAAACCGGUCUACCUACCACAUCUUCCACUACAGGAAGAACCUUCAGUGGUGAGCGAGGAAGGAGGGACCAUGACAUGUGCCAGAGUGCGUGCGUUUCAAAGCAAGAGCACAAACCGACCUGAGGUCAUUGACGACCACUGCAAACCAAUAGACUCUGCACCAGUGAACCCUUCCAGUAUGUCAGAGAAGUCGUUGUCCUGCCAUGGUCCCAAGUACACAAAGCCCUCCAAGCGUCUGGAGAUCUUGUCUAAGUGUAAGUGGAGGAGCCUGGCGGACAGGAACCUGGUGCUGAGAAUUGUGUGUGAGCACAUGGCCAAGGACCACCUCAACAACCCCUUCUGGGUCAAAGGUUACCUCAUAAAACCCGUGUCUCAGACCCUGAGAAAUGAUGGCGAAAGCUGCUCCGUCCACUACAAG